UAAAAUUUAUAAAAGGGGAUUAUGGCUACAGAAGGUGCAAGUGCUGUAGCCGCUGCAGAAGUGGAAGCUGCUGCACAUGCUAAUCUACAGGCUUUACAAAUGUUCCAUCAACGUUGCGGACGACGUAUAACUUUAUCUAAUUGCAAUCGUACAGCUACACGAUCUGUGCGCGAUUUUAGUCAUGCAUUGGUUUUUAGCGAUGAACCAUUAAUUGAUGAUGUUCUCUUUGAAGUAGUUAUUGAAAAAAAGAAUCAUUCCUGGGGUGGCAGUAUUGAAAUAGGUGUCACCUCAGAAUCACCGGAUAAGUUGGAAUUACCUUCUUGUGCUACAGUAAUGCGUAACGGCACCUGGGUCAUGUCUGGCAUUGAUGUACGUAAAGAUGGCAUGUGUCUUACGGAAUUUUAUGGCACCGAUUUGGAAAUGCUUAACGAAAUGGAUCGCGUGGGUGUUAUGCGCACUUCGAGCCACGAAUUGGUAUUUUAUGUAAAUGGUGAAAGCCAGGGUGUAGCGGCCCGCAACAUGCCAAAAACCGUAUGGGCUCUUGUUGAUCUUUACGGACGUUGUGUUCAAGUAUCUAUUUGCCCAACGCAUAGAAGUGGUAGUGGGGAUUUUUCGGACUCUGGCUUUCAAAACACUCAGCAAAUUGUGCAGAAUAUAGAUGUUCCUUUGUGCGUAGAUGUUACAGUAACCAAUGCAGGCGGGAAUAAUAGCCAUAAUCAAGCUAUAAGCCUUACUGAGAGUUCUGGGUUGAGUAAUGCGGCUAUAAUGCCUUCGCUGCCCGUAGGCGCGGGAAGUUUAAACAAUAUGUCUGUGACAAAUGCCAAUACUACUGCUUCUUCAAUAUCGUCUUCGUCAGUUGGCGAUUAUUAUGAUAUGAAUGAUCGCUUACGGUUUCAUACUCGUUGUGGUUCUUUGGUUAAAUUAUCGCCAAAUUGUCGCUCAGCUGAGAGACGCCGUCCAUUGGAUGAAUUUAAUAACGGUGUUGUAAUGACUCAUCGUCCUCUCAAGGACAACGAAUUAUUCGAAAUACGUAUUGAUAAAUUAGUAGAUAAAUGGUCCGGCUCAAUUGAAGUGGGCGUCACAACCCACAAUCCGUCUGUUUUGCAUUUUCCCGCCACGAUGACUAAUAUGCGCUCCGGCACCAUUAUGAUGUCUGGAUGCGGCAUUUUAACAAACGGCAAGGGCACCCGUCGCCAGUACGGCGAAUUUAAUUUGGAUGAAUUACGGGAGGGUGAUCGCGUCGGUAUGAUGCGCAAAUUGAACGGCAAUCUCCAUUAUUAUAUAAAUGGCCAAGAUCAAGGAGUUGCUGCUACACGUGUAGCCCCCACGCUAUGGGGUGUUAUAGAUUUGUACGGAAUGACCAUAAAAGUUACAAUUGUAGAUCGUGAUGAGCGGGAGCAACAGAAUUUGGUUAUACGCCGUAACAAUCUUAUAUCAUCAGCAGCUAUGAUCGGCGGUUUACAGGGUGUGAAUAAUAGUCCUAUAAAUGGUAGUGGUAAUUCAGCCGUUCCUACGCCUGUUUUGAGUUUAUUAAGUCCAGAAAGCGAAGUGGCUGCCAUGGCAGAUUCGGCGUUGACUGCAACGGCAGCCAAUCCACGUAAUGAUGAUCGUUUAACAUUCCAUCCACUAUGUGGAUCACAUGCAACAGUAACGCAUUCGGGCAGGACCGCUUUAAGGCCAAAUGCUUCCGAUGACUUCAACAAUGGUGUAAUAUUGACACGUCGCCCUUUGAGGCCAAAUGAGUUAUUUCAAGUCCGUUUGGAAAGAGUCGUUACCAAAUGGGCGGGGUCCGUGGAGAUAGGGGUGACCAUAUAUAGCGCGGAAGAAUUAGAUUUUCCAUUCACUAUGACUAAUGUCAGAUCCGGCACAUGGAUGAUGACAGGCAAUGGCGUCAUGCAUAACGGCAUAACAGUUAUUGAGCAGUAUGGCGAAAAUCUAGAUCGUUUACAGGUGGGCGAUCGCGUUGGCGUGGUACGGAAGGAUACCGGUACCUUGCAUUUCUGGGUUAACGGAGUGGAUCAAGGUCCAUCGGCAACGAAUGUUCCUGAAAAAGUUUACGGUGUAAUUGAUUUGUAUGGCCAAGCAGCGCAGGCUUCAAUUAUUGAUACCUCGGAAUGCGGCAGCCCUGAUACGGGUAAUUCGACCAUUUCCAACACCACUUUGUAUAGUGAAACUCCUCUCAGAUUUCAUGCUAUACAUGGUAAAAAUGCCAGUAUUUCCAAUGGUGGCUUAACCGCCUCGCGGCCAAAUUCUUUGGCUGAAUUUAAUGACGCCAUAGUAUUCAGUAAUCGCCCGUUGAGGCAGCGUGAACUAUUUGAAGUAGUGUUGGAGACAAUGGUACGUCAUUGGUCGGGAAACAUAGAGAUUGGAGUGACUGGAACUAGACCGGAUGAUAUACAAUUAGCCGCCAAUGCUACUGAAAUGGAUGCCAUGGACACCAUCAUAUUAUGUGGGCCGAUGAUUUUCCACAAUCGUAAAAAAAUUCGUUCCAAUGUUUUAAUCGACUUGGAUACUUUGGGUUCUGGGACUAAAGUGGGAGUAAUGCGUAACGGAGAUUUUAUACACUUUUUUAUAGAUAGCGUAGAUCAGGGGCCGGCUUGUGAGUGUCACUCACCUUCAGUAUGGGCAGUUAUUGACUUGUACGGACAGUGUGCUCAAGUAUCUUUGACACAAAGUUCAAAUAACGAUAUGCGUGCUCCUUAUGCCACCAGCGAAAAUUCGCAAAGCUGUCAAGCCACAUCUGUUAUACAACCAGCAACUUUGGAAACGAAACAUCGCUGGACUUGCAUAUCAGGCAAUGUAACGUUAUCACAGAACUGGACACUGGCGUCACGUCUGACCGGAAGUUCAGCGGCUUUAUCACGCUGUGUUGUUUUUUCUGAGCAUCCGUUAAGUGUAGGUUCACCAUUUGAAAUAAAAAUGGUGACACAUAAUCCAUUGUUCGCAGGAUGUUUAAAUAUAGGUAUCACUGACCUCAAUUUAUCCGACGAUAAUGUUCGCAAAAAUAUACCGCUCAGUAUUAAAAGGAUACCAGCCAACGUUUGGUAUGUAACGAGCAACGAGGUGCGCUAUAACUCCCAAUUGUUACAGCGUGCUGCGGCAUCUCUAGAAUGGCUAAGAGUAGGCGAUCGCAUAGCGUUGGAACUGACACCGGCCCGAACAUUGCGGAUACUGUUAAACUCUGAAGAUAUGAAUAUUCAAUUUCAUAAUGUACCAAACGAUGUUUAUGCCGUAGUAGAACUGCAGGGUUCUACCAUGGGCGUUCAAGUAACCUCUUCGCAAGGUCCCACUUCACCUUUAAGGCCGUGUAGUUUACGAUUGCAAGAUUCUUUGGAAUUUGGAGCUGAUCCUUUAAAUAAACAAGAUUCCAUGUUAGAAUCAAUUGACUCAGAGGGUCUCAACUAUGAAUUUUCAGAAAUUUGCGGUAAAAAUGUAAAACUUUUGGAAGAGAACCGCUCCGCAAUGCGUAUACAAUCUUACAACCAGGGUUUGGUUUACGUGACAAAACCUUUAUGCAAAGGCGAGAGUAUAAGUAUUAAAGUUGAUUCGAUAAAUUGUAAAUGGAAGGGUAACAUAGGGCUUGGUGUAGUGAGCAUUAGUCCUUCUCAAUUAACAAAUGCUCUUGCUUUAUCCUCGUCUAUUGUGCAUUCCAAACGUCCCUGUUGGGUAGCAGUUGAUGACGCCAUUAACAUAAAUGGUCAGAUAAUCCCUUCAAAGUAUGGAGAAGCGCUGGAAAAUAUACAGGCGGGUACUGUUAUAACGAUGACUCUGACACAUGCGGGCGUUUUAAUUAUCACCAUUGGUUCAAAUAACCUUCAAGAUCUUGCCACUGGUCUUCCAAAUCAUGUUUAUCCUGUUUUCGAUCUUUAUGGUAAAUGUGAACGAAUUACUAUUCUGACGGGCACUGAUGCCGGGCGGAAUGGUACCCCUAUUAUAGAAGAACCUUCUGCAUUAGAACAUGAUUCUCUAAAUGAUCAAGAUUCGAACGUUCCGCAAUGCGAAAAAGCUGACUUAGAAGUCCAUGAGAAGGAAACAGAAUCACAACCCAGCAGUUCGAAUGUCGCCACUGCGUCAAUUCCUGCUUCUGCUUCCUCUAUGAAUCGUUCGGUUUUAGAAAGUGUUUCGGAAAAUUUACUAUUAAAUUUAUCGAUAAAAAAUCGCACGUUGGAACAAAAUUUCUCGGAGCCCAGUACCUCAAGAUCAGCAUGUUGCUUGCGAGAAUCUCUCCAACUACAGCACAAUACAAAUCUGAAUAUACAGCGCAGUCAGGGAAGUCAACGUUUCCGCAGUGCUUUGAUGGCGUAUGCUCUAUCCCCAGCUCCUGAUAAUCAAGCAUUGGCAACUUUAGAGGAGCCGCCAAAGUCAGAAACGGAAAACAAGCAGUUAUUGCGAGAAUUUUUUGAAAACAAUCAAGCAGCUGAUGGUUAUUUUGAUGAUGAGGCAAUUGAUGCUAAUGAAGCCAACGGUGCUAGUGAUGACGUUGGAGAGGAUGCGUCGUUGCUAAACAAUAAUAAUCCUGAUGUGGAUAGUUAUGAAGAGGAUGGAGCUGUUGGAGGCAUUUCAUUACAUGAUGAACUAGUGGCUAACGAGGCUAAGGAUCCCGCCAACGACAAUGAAGAAACAAAUUUAGCUUUGCAACAACAGCAGCAGCAACAACAACAACAGCAGCAGCAGCAGCAACAACAACAACAACAACAACAACAACAGAACCAACAGCAACACCAACAGCAAGAAAAUCGUGAUGUGAUAAUUGUAGCUGAUGAAGAGAAUGCCUUGCAAAAUAAUAUUACUGUGGAAGAGGGAGGAGAUUCUAGUGAGUCUGACACCGACGGUCUGGAGAGCAAUAUGGAUCUGUAUGCUGAUCGUUUAGUACAACUUCUUGAGUUACAACGUCGGCAAGACCUUGAAGGAAUACGUUUUACUCAAUUUUGUAGCGAGGGCGUUUCUUCUUCAGCGUCAUCCAUAUCCAAUCAUUUUGAUUCGCUGCAAUCGAUAGCAUCCAUUGAACGAAAAGAUUGUGAAUAUCUUAAGCUGGUGCAACAAUUUCGUUUGUCUCUUCUUUUGCCCGACACUUUUUUUCGACCUCAUCAUGAGCCUAUUUGCUUCUGUGCUCAUUGCAACGCUCAAGCCUCUGAGAAACUGCAUGGCUGGGUUUAUUUUAAAUUAAAUCAACAGACUGUAAAUUCGAAUAUCGCUGCCGUGUCCCAAAAUACUUUUGAUAGCGAUAAUUUGCACGAUGACUGGUUACCUUUGUACUACAUGACUCGUGUUGAUAAAAUACGUUCUAUACUUGAUCGCGGCCAACCAUUACCUAUGGACUCAGCGAGCGAUACGCAUUCUCAUGGAGGUGGUGGGAACCAAAAAGAUGAACCUGGCGCACGCUUAGAAUUGCAUUUUACCCCAAAUUCAGCGGCCGUAAUUCCAAUCAAUGGUCAAUACAAAUACUUAAGGAAUGGAUAUUUUUAUACAAUUAACACCGCUUUUGAGGUAUACGUUAGGCGUCAGUCAUUGUGUUCCGCUGGAAAGAGUAAAAACUCCGGUCGAACAAAGUCGCAGACGAUUGAACGACGCGCCUCUACAAGUGAAGUAGAUGUGGCUUCUGCUUCCCCUGCUCCGAGCAAUCAUUGUCAAGAUCUAGGAGUGGGCCCAUCGUCGACUUCUUCCCUAAAUUCAAAUGUUGCAUGUGGCGGCGUUCACGAUCAAACUUUCUUCACAAAAGAGGCUGGAGCAUGUAUUAUAACAGCAUUAAUACUCAAGCUGGAUAAGCCCCAUUCGGCAGCCAAUAAAACCUAUUAAAUUCA